CCCCGCCCUCUACCUCCGCCUCGCUCUCCCCAAACCAUCUGGGUCAUCCUGUGCCGGUUGCAGCCGGCGGCGGCCGGCGGACAGCGGGACUGGCUGAGUUUGGCCGCGCCCUCUUUCCCACUGGGAGUGUGCGCGCCUGGAGACGCUUACAACCAACCAUUGAAGAGGAGCUGCCGUGAAUGGCAUGCUCUCUGUCCAAUCACCUUCGGGUCUGGCGAGCAUGCCUGCACCCGGGCCAAUGGUGGCGCGCGGCGGAGCUCGGGCGGGGACUGCGGUCACCUGAUCACGGCGGCAGCAGCGGCGGCGGCAGCGGCAGUGGCAGUGGCGGUAACGGCAGACGGCAGCCAGACAGUACAAGCCGAAGAUACAAUGGCGGCGGCGGCUUGUGUGCGGGCGCGGGCGCGAGCGCGGUCGCGGCGGGCCCCAGCGUUCUGGCAGAUUCGGUGGCUGCCGCUGUUGCUGGCAUUGACGGCAGUGGCGGUGGCGGCGGAGCAGCAGGUGCCGCUGGUGCUGUGGUCGAGUGACCGGGACCUGUGGGCUCCUGCGGCCGACACUCACGAGGGUCACGUCACCAGCGACUUGCAGUUGUCUACCUACUUGGACCCCGCCCUCGAGCUGGGCCCUCGGAAUGUGCUGCUGUUCCUGCAGGACAAGCUGAGCAUUGAGGAUUUCACCGCAUAUGGCGGGGUGUUUGGCAACAAGCAGGACAGCGCUUUUUCAAACCUAGAGAAUGCCCUGGCCCUGGCCCCCUCCUCGCUGGUGCUCCCUGCAGUUGACUGGUAUGCUGUCAGCACCUUGACCACCUACCUGCAGGAGAAACUUGGGGCCAGCCCCCUGCACGUGGACCUGGCCACACUGCGGGAGCUGAAGCUCAAUGCCAGCCUCCCGGCCUUGCUACUCAUCCGGCUGCCCUACACGACCAGCUCUGGCCUGAUGGGUUCCAGGGAAGUCCUCACAGGCAACGACGAGGUCAUCGGGCAGGUACUGAGCACACUGAAGUCCGAGGAUGUCCCGUACACCGCAGCCCUCACAGCAGUCCGCCCUUCCAGGGUGGCCCGGGAUGCAGCCAUGGUGUCUGGGGGUCUGGGUCGACAGCUGCUAGAAAAAACGACAGAGACGGAUGUGCCUCACCCCCCUGUGAGCUACAAUGACACAGCCCCCCGGAUCCUACUCUGGGCCCAGAACUUCUCUGUGGCUUAUAAGGACCAGUGGGAGGACCUGACCUCCCUCACUUUUGGGGCCCAGGAACUCAACCUUACUGGCUCGUUCUGGAACAACUCUGCCGCUGGACUCACACUGACCUACGAGCAACUCUUUGGUACCAGAGUGACAUUCAAGUUCAUUUUGGCUAACCGCUUCUACCCAGUGUCUGCCCGGCACUGGUUUACCAUGGAGCGCCUUGAAAUCCACAGCAAUGGCUCUGUCACCUACUUUAACGCCUCCCAGGUCACUGGGCCCAGCAUCUACUCCUUCCACUGCCAGUAUGUCAGCAGCCUCACCAAGAAUGGCAAUCUCCUUGUGCCCCAAAUACAACCCUCUCUCUGGCAGAUGACGCUCCAGGACUUCCAGAUCCAGGCCUUCAAUGUGACGGGCGAGCAUUUCUCCUACGCCAGCGACUGUGCCGGCUUCUUCUCCCCGGGCAUCUGGAUGGGGCUGCUCACCUCCCUCUUCAUGCUCUUCAUCUUCACCUAUGGCCUGCACAUGAUCCUCAGCCUCAAGACUAUGGACCGCUUUGAUGACCACAAGGGCCCUGCCAUCUCUCUGACCCAGAUAGUGUGACCACCCUGCGCUGCUGGGGGGCCGAGGGGCGUGGCAGUGUCCUGGUCGUCACUUUUCCACCUCUGGUCACGCCAGACUGGAGGGCUGCCAUAGCAUGAAACCCCAAGGUCCCUCACCCUGGCUCCCUUCCCCUUCCAUCCUGGCGGGCCCCCCUGUGUCUCCCAACAAGAUGUAUGUACAUUCUGCAUAGGUAGUAAGUAGACAAAUCUUCCAGGCUCAGUCGAGGUGAGGGAGAGGGAACGUUAAUUCUAGGGACUGCUUCUCCCCCUUUUUCUCCUCUCUCCAACAUCGCCGCUUACUGUUUACAGUGCUUGUGUGCGGCACAUGCCCCCUCCCCAAGCUUGACAGGGCUUCCUGCAGCAGCCUGCAGCUUGACAGUCCCCGAGUUUGGGGAGUAUAGAAGUAGUAUUUAACUGUGUGUCCUGCUUAGCUGUUGUUGUUUGAUCUUUUUUGAUGAUGUCGUGCUAAAAAGCAGCAGUACCCAAACAAAACACCCAGUACAGUGGGAUUUAUUUUUGUGGUCUGAGAAGGAAGGGACCUCCAUGGCAGGUGGGUUCAGUGUGAUCCCUGAAUUUCUAGCAUUUUCCCACCAGGAGGGCCUGGCAGCAGCCUGGGGCACUCAGUUAUUUUCUUUACUGAUAAAUAAAAACGGGUUGCCAUG